UUUUAGAAAGCAACAGGUGAGCUGCCAUUUUGUUUAUCCAAAAUUUUCAAAUUCAUCUUCACUGGUUUUAAAAUUUACCAUAUUUAUAAUAUUAACCCCAAGAGCCAAUAAAUAAUUUCAAAUCUUGCAAACCAUACAGUCUGUACACCAAAACCCAUAUUUAUCAACCCAUACGAAAUCUUCCAAAAGCCCAAAAUCCUCGUCAAAUUCCCUUCAAAAUUCCUCAAAACUCUUUAAAAUUCCUCGAAUCCUCUCUUAUCUCCAAAUCCCCUAAACCUCCCCCUCAGCCCUCAAAAAUCCAGAACUUUCCUCUAAGUUCUUCUUCAAAAGUCCCCUUUUCACAAGAAGAUAUUCUAAAUUUCUUUAGAAAAUGGGUCAAUUCUGUACGACUGAGCGUAAAAUAGAUAUCGGCGAGAGUAGACUGCCUAUGAAAAAGUCAAAGUCUGUGAAUAAGGAAAAGGGAAAGCCCUUCGUAAUCAAAUUUAACAAGAAGGAUGAUAAUAAGAUUGUAAAGAGAGUUAAUAGUUUGAUUGAAAGGGAGAACACUUGGGACCAAGAAAAAGAGCCUAACCCUUCCAGAAAGACACUAAAUGGACUGUUGGGUAUACACCCUAACUGCAGAAAAGCUCCCUUCUGGGGCAAGGAGGAGGACUCAGACUCGAUAUCUAGCGAUGACAGUGAAGAAAACAAAGGCGAAGACUCUUCUGAACAAAGUGAUGGCUAUUACUCCAGUGGAGAAAGUGUUAAAAGCGCCGACAGUGACCGAAGUUCUGAAAUGACAAGGUCCAAUACCCCUCCUAGUACGAAGAAAAUCGUAGAAAAGACAGAAGAGGUAGAAAAUGCGACUAUAUCUGUUGGGCCCACUGAGGUGAUCUAUAAUGGGCCUGUAGAUAUAGAAACAGGCAAAAUGAAUGGAGUCGGUGAGAUGUACCUCCCGAACGGAGCUGAGUACAGAGGAGAUAUAGUCCAAAAUAUAUGUGAAGGACAAGGUAGACUUAAGCUUCCUAGUGGAGGUGUCUAUGAAGGAAUGUUUCAUGACAACAAAUUCCAUGGUAAAGGCAAGUUCCUGAUGAGAGAAGGUGGCUUUUACUUUGGAGAUUGGGUCAAAGGUCACAAGCAUGGCCAAGGAAAAGAGAUAGCUCCAGAUGGGAGUAAAUAUGAUGGUCAAUUCAGACAUGGAAAAUAUGAUGGUAAAGGUGAACUUAAGUUCGGAAAUGGAAUAAUUUAUGUUGGAGAGUUUAGAGAUGGCAAGCUUCAUGGUCACGGAACAAUCUCGCAACCAGACGGAACUGAGGUGACUGGCAUUUUCAAAAAUGAUGAGAUGGUAUCCCAAAUCAGUCUCAAGAAGAACACUGAUGUCAGCUAA